UUAAUGGUUAAUUAAAUUACAAAAUAAUUUUAGAUAAAAAAGUGCUUAGUUUAGAGCAUUGCAAAAUGCAGAGAUAAGUGACAUUCCAAAAAGGCAUCACAAUUCACUUAAAAAAUGAAAUCGAACGAGAAUAAACAAAAAAACAAACAAUAUAUGUAACACCUUAGGCAAAUCCCACAUCGGCAAAGCACAAGAGAGAUCCAUGGUUCAUAAGUAAGAAAUCGACCUUAACUGACAAGACGCGUUUUGGAGUGAAAUGGAGGAGUUCUUGUGAAAACCCCGAAGUUAAACGUGCUCAGUGUGGAGUACAACAAGAAUGAGUGUCCUUAUGGGAAGUCACCUUAAAUUGCACCCAAAGUCGAAAUUUGUGAAGGCCGAGGCCCAAAGCGGACAAUAUCUUCGUCGGGAAAAGGUUCAGGAUGUUACAAAUGGUAUCAGAGCAUCUCCGCGUCCCUCUUGAACGAUGGUGGGGCAAACCUCAACGAGGUCGUUGAGUCCUUAGGAGGGGGGGGGGGGGGAAGAGGGUGUAUGUAACACCUUAGGCAAAUCCCAUAUCGGCAAAGCACAGGAGAGAUCUAUUGUUCGUAAGUACUCCACGUCCCUCUUGAACGAUGGCGGGGCAAACCUCAACGAGGUCGUUGAGUCCUUAGGGGGGAGGGGGAGAGUGUGUAUGUAACACCUUAGGUAAAUCCCAUAUCGGCAAAGCACGAGAGAGAUCUAUUGUUCGUAAGUAAGAAACCGAUCUUAACUGACAAGACACGUUUUUGAGUGAAAUGGAGGAGUUCUUGUGAGAACCUUGAAGUUAAACGUGCUCAGUGUAGAGUACAACAAGAAUGAGUGUCCUUAUGAGAAGUCACCUUGAAUUGCACCCCAAGUCGAAAUUCAUGAGAAUCGAGGCCCAAAACGGACAAUAUCUUCGUCGGGAAAAGAUUCGAGAUGUUACCAAAUAGAAAAAACUUAAAAAGUGAAAUCGAACGAGAACAGAAAAAAACCCAACAAUAUCUCCAUGAGAAAAAAGUUGGGAUGUUAAGCCUUAGGCAUAAUACACUUUCAUAACCAAAACUAUUCGCGUUGUGACAAAUAUAGCCCGUUUUUUAAAUCUUUAUGAAAGUUUUUUCAUAACUGGGUGGCAUUUUGGGCUUGGGAUUGGGCUAUUUGUGGUAGAGAUGGACGAUGAACGGCCCAGAUCAUCCAUUCAAUAUGCACCACCCAAACCCACGACGGCUUCCUGGUCCCACAUCAUCCACUCCGGCGCCACUUGCUUCCUAGCUAAUGGCCUCUCGUAGAGGCGACGAACCAACUGAAACUCCCCUCGCUCGCUCGCUCGCUGGCGCAAGUCCGUCUCUGAUACAAUACAAGUUGGGACAAAAUGCUGAGCAGCAGGACAGUAGUGGCAGUCGCCUCAUCCUCCUCUUUCCUCCCACUCUCUCAUCCUGCUGCUUCCACUUCCUCUUCCGCCGCCGCCAGUUACCCAUUUUUGAACAGACGGCUCGCAUUCUCCAGAUGCCACACCAAUCGUGAUCACAGCAUCAUCCCAAAGCCACAACGCAGCAGAGUCAUGGAGGGUUUCAAGACUCGGGCGGCGGCAGCAUCGGCGCCGCAAUUGGAGGACGCCGACGCACUCAUCGACUCCGUCGAGACCUUCAUCUUCGAUUGCGAUGGGGUUAUAUGGAAAGGGGAUAAGCUGAUCGAUGGAGUUCCUGAGACGCUUGACAUGCUCCGCUCCAGGGGGAAGAGGUUAGUGUUUGUGACCAACAAUUCUACCAAGUCGAGGAAGCAGUACGGCAAGAAGUUUGAAACAUUGGGUCUCAACGUGAAUGAGGAGGAGAUUUUUGCUUCGUCGUUUGCCACCGCCGCUUACUUGAAGUCCAUUGAUUUCCCCAAAGAUAAGAAGGUUUAUGUAAUUGGUGAGGAAGGGAUCCUGAAGGAGCUUGACAUUGCUGGAAUUCAGUACCUUGGUGGCCCGGAGGAUGGUGACAAGAAGAUUGAGCUAAAGCCAGGGUACUUUCUGGAGCAUGACAAAGAUGUUGGAGCAGUUGUGGUUGGAUUCGACCGUUAUUUCAACUACUACAAAGUCCAGUAUGGAACUCUUUGCAUAAGAGAAAACCCUGGAUGCCUUUUCAUUGCCACAAAUCGUGAUGCUGUCACUCACCUCACAGAUGCUCAGGAAUGGGCAGGUGGUGGUUCUAUGGUUGGUGCUGUUCUUGGAUCCACUAAACAGGAGCCAUUGGUUGUGGGGAAGCCAUCGACUUUUAUGAUGGAUUACUUGGCCAAAGAGUUCGGGAUUACCAAGUCGCAGAUUUGCAUGGUUGGGGACAGAUUAGACACUGACAUUCUAUUUGGACAGAAUGGUGGCUGUAAAACUCUUCUUGUACUGUCAGGUGUGACCUCAUUGUCAACGCUCCAGAGCCCCACCAACUCCAUCCAGCCAGAUUUCUACACCAACAAGCUAUCAGACUUCCUGUCUCUGAAAGCUGCAGCUGUAUGAUUGAUUGCAGCAGAGCACUUCCUUCCUCUCUGGCGUUGCAGAGUAAUACGGCCUUUGUAGAUAACGAUUAUCGUUCAAACAUAGAUAGUCUUUGCCUCUGGGUUGCCCGUAUGUAUGUUAUUUUGCCUCUGGAAACUCGAAGCAAGAGGUGUUGCUCCAAUGCAACAAGAGUAGCCUUUUCCUUUCCAAGUAAUUCUGGCAAUGUACCUCAUCAACUGUCUUGGUUCUUCCUCGCGUGGUCUUGUACCGACCACCUGCCAAAAACAUUCGCAAUAACUUGAGUUGCUCGAAGAGAUUUAAUUGUAAAUCUUAUAUUAUUUACUAAGGCGCCCUUCAAACGAAAGCCACUCAUAUGAAGUUGAAUGUUGCACAGAUCCGAAUACCAUGUCACAAGAAUUCGAAUAAGAAGCUUUUCGAUCAUAAAAGGUUCUGAUACAAUAUCAAAAACUAAUUGGAUCCAAUAACAAAUGAGUUAUUCUCUCUUAAUUAAACCACACUCCUUACUGAUAUUGACUCGGCAGAGCCAUGGAGCGGUUGCCAUAGGGGUGUGUAAUGGUCCAGUCCGUAGCGGUUACAACUACUGAAAAAAUGAUGGACCGAACAGAUAUUUGGAUAUGACCAAAUGGAACGAGUGCAAUGAUGGUCCUUUCCUUGAUCCAUAGAUGUCUGUCACUAAUAGAUCGCAUUUCUUGGGAAUUUGGUCCGGUCCAAACCGAACCGGACCGUUGCACACCCUUAGACCAGGGGGGGGGGGGACCCAAACCUAAAUUUUGGGAAAACGAUUAUCCAACCCCCGGUGGUAAUUUACGUACGAACAAAAAAAUAUAAUUGAUAGUGAGGGACAACCCUGAAAUUUGAAAAAAAUGAUUAUCCUACUCUUAUUUUUUAGUUUGUGUAUGAGAAUAUAAGUGGUAGUUUGGAUAAUUCAAACCUAGGACACUACUACUAUUAAUAAAUAUUAUUUCCAUUAGGCUACUACUUCGAUUUUAAACACCGUGUAAUAGUAAAUUGACAUUUCCUAUCUCUAAUUAUUUUCAUAACCUAACAAUUAAGCUAAUUUCAAGCUACUCAUAAUUUGUAUUGAUUUUAUGGUUGUAAGACAAGUGCUGAAAGAGUCUUUUCAGAUUUGGGUUGCAUCAAUAACAAGUUUAAGAAUCAAUAUACGAUAAGUUCGUGAAUAAUUGUCUAGUAAGAUAUACAGAGACAAUUUUUUGAGCAGUGUAGACACUAAGUGGUCGUUUGGAAGUUGCGAUUGUUUUGUUGAGAUUGUCAUUAUGCAUGUAUUGUUUACAAUGCAUCGUUUUUUUGUUUUUUUAGCAGAAACAAUACAUGGAUUGUUUCUGUGAUGUGACAGAAACUAUCACUCAUUUUGAGUGAUUGUUAUAUCUCAACUUUUAGUUGUGAUUGUUGAGAUAGUUGAGUUGAGAUUGUUUUGUCUCAGCUUUUAGCUGAUGCGACAUACACAAUCACACAUACCAAACAUUGUAUUCUUCUGUGAUGUGACAGAAACUAUCGCUCAUUUUGAGUGAUUGUUAUAUCUCAACUUUUAGUUGUGAUUGUUGAGAUAGUUGAGUUGAGAUUGUUUUGUCUCAGCUUUUAGCUGAUGCGACAUACACAAUCACACAUACCAAACGUUGUAUUCUUCUGUGAUGUGACAGAAACUAUCGCUCAUUUUGAGUGAUUGUUAUAUCUCAACUUUUAGUUGUGAUUGUUGAGAUAGUUGAGUUGAGAUUGUUUUGUCUCAGCUUUUAGCUGAUGCGACAUACACAAUCACACAUACCAAACGUUGUAUUCUUCUGUGAUGUGACAGAAACUAUCGCUCAUUUUGAGUGAUUGUUAUAUCUCAACUUUUAGUUGUGAUUGUUGAGAUAGUUGAGUUGAGAUUGUUUUGUCUCAGCUUUUAGCUGAUGCGACAUACACAAUCACACAUACCAAACGUUGUAUUCUACAAUGCAUCAAAUUAGACAAUACAUGUAUAAUAUUAUA